AUGCACGAAGAAGGAGGAGGAUUUUUGGUUCCUGAGAAGCAUCAUCAUCCAUUGUGCUGGAUAGGUAGAGACAUUCUUGGAGAAAGGAGGCUAUCAACAAAAAGACAAAAAACUUGGUUCCCAUCACGGGUUAGGGUGAGGUUUUCCAGAGGUUCACUAGCCGGCAUCAACUUCACCGCUGGAAUUGCUGCAACUCGAGAGGCUAAGCAACAGCAGAAGCCCGAGAGUGAUGGUGGUGGCGACGGCGGUGAUGGUAGUUGCGGUUGUGGUUGUUGUGGUGGUGGUGGUAGCAGUGGUGGUGGCAGCGGCGGUGGCAGUGGUUGUGGCGGUGGUGGCGGUAGUGGUGGGAGUGGUGGCAGUGGCAAUGGCGGUGGUGGUCAUGGUGGUGUUAGUGGUUGUGGUGGUGGUUGUGGUGGUGGUGGUGGCAACUGCGACAAUGGCGCCGCCGGUGGUGGUGGUUCUGUGGCGGUGACGGCGGUGGUGGUUGUUGUGUGGCGGUGUGGUGGUGGGGGUGGUGCUGGUGGUAGUGGCAACGACAAUGAUGGUGGUAGAGGUGGUGGUGGUGGUGGCGACGUUGGCGGUGGCGGCAGCUAUGGUGGCGGCGGUAGUGGUAAUGGCGGCGGUGGCAGUGGUUGUGGUGGUGGUAGCAGGCAGUGUGGUGGUGGAGGUGGUUGUAUUCAUAGUGGUGGUGGUGAUGAUGGCGACGAAAGUGGCGGUGGCGGUGGUGGUCGUGGUUGUUGCGGUGGUGGUGGUGAUGGUGAUGGGGGUGGUGGUCGUGGUCUUAGUGGUGGUGGUGGAAGCGUAGAGGUGGUUGUGGUUGUCGUGGUGGUUGUAGUGGUGGUUGCGGUGGUGUUGAUGGUGGUGGCGACAGCAGUGGUGGUGGUGGUGGCGGCUGCGGCAUUGGUGUUUGUUGUGGUGGCGGCGGUGGUGGGUGUGGUUGUAGAGGUGGUGAUGGUGGUGGUGGGUGGUGGUGGUGGUGGCGGCUGCGGCAUUGGUGUUUGUUGUGGUGGCGGCGGUGGUGGGUGUGGUUGUAGAGGUGGUGAUGGUGGUGGUGGCUGGGGCGGUGGCUGUGGUUGUGGUGGUGGUGGUGGUUGUGGUGGUGUUGCUGGCGGUGAUGGUGGUGGCAGUUGCGGUGGUGGCAGUGGCGGUUGUGGUGGUAAUGGCGGGGGCGGCGGUGGUGGUGUUGGUGGUGGUGGUGGUGGGGAUUGUGGUAUGGGUGGUGGUUGUGGUAGUGGUCGUGGGUUUGGUGGUGGCGGUGGCAAUGGCGGUGGCGGCGAUAGUGGUGGUUGUGGUGGUGGUGGUUGUUGUGGUGUGGGUGGUGAUAGUGGUGGUGGAGGUGGUUGUGGUGGCGGUGUUAGUGGUGGUAGUAUAGUGAUGGUGGUUGUGGUCGUGGAUGUCGUUGUGAUGAUAGUGGUGGCAGCAGCAGUGGCAGUGGUGUUGGAGGUGGUGGUUGUGGUGGCGGUGGCAUUAGUGAUGAUCGUUGUGGUGGUGGUGGUGGUGCUUGUGGUGGUGGUGGUGGUUGUGGGUUUUCUGGUGGUGGCGGCGACGGCUGUAGUGGUGGUUGUGAUGGUGGUGGUGGUAUCGGUGGAUGUGGCAGCGGCGGUGCCAACUGUUGUGUUGGUGGUGGUUGCGACUGCGGUGGUCGUGGUGGUGGUUUUGGUGGUGACGACGACAGUGGUGGUGGUGGUGGUGGAGUUGGCGGCGGUGGCGGCAACAGUGGUGAUGGUGGUGGUUGUGGUUGGUAGGGGCGGUGGCAGUGGUUAUGACGGCGGUAGUGGUGGUGGUUUAGGUGGUGGUGGCGGUGGCGUCGACGGUGGUGGUGGUGGUCGUGGCGAAUGUGGUGGUUGUGGUUGUUUUGGUGGUGGCAGUGAUGGUGGCGGCGGUGACAAUAAUGGUGGUUGUUGUGGUGGUGGUGGUGAGGGUGGUGCUGAUGAUGCCGGCGGUAGCAAUGGUGGUGGUUGUUAUGGUGGUGGUGAUGGUGGUCGUGGUGGAGGCGGCGGUGGCGGCGACGGUGUUAGAAGUGGUGGCGGUUGA